AUGGCGGCGCGACAGCACCACGGGCUGGCGGAGACGCGCGAGGAGGCCGGCGGCGGCAUGGAGGCCAGCGGGGUCACGGGAGGCUGGAGGCGACGCUCGAGGUGGCCAGCGGCGGUGCGGGAGGCCAGAGGGGACGGGAAAAGGACAAUGCGCUUGUUCGGCUGGAUUCAUACCAGCCGAACACUGCCAACGAUGAUGGACAGACGGCUGCUUGAUGCCGCGGCAUCUGGUGACGCGACAAUGAUGAAACACUUGGCCCUUCAUGACCCAGCCGUGCUGCUUGGAACAACUCCACAGGGCAACACCUGCCUCCACAUCUCCGCCGUGCAUGGCCAUCAUGGAUUCUGCAUGGAUGUCAUGGCCCUGAACCGGUCGCUCCUCUCCGCUGUCAACAAUGACAGGGAGACUCCACUUGUCGCAGCAGUGACAAGUGGCCGUACCAGUACCACUUUAGCUUCAUCUUUUCUCAGGUGCUACAGUGAUCUCCAUCUGAGCGAGGCAAUCUUGAUGCAAGACGAGCAUGGGAACAAUGCAUUGCACCACGCCAUCCGAAGCGGCCACAGGGAACUUGCGCUGGAGCUGAUCGCAGCGGAGCCUGCUUUGUCCAAAGCUGUGAACAAAUACGAUGAGUCACCCAUGUUCAUCGCGGUGAUGAGAAAUUACAAGGAUGUCUUCGAGAAACUGUUGGAGAUUCCUGAUUCUGCCCAUGGGGGGAUGAAGGGCUACAAUGCUCUUCAUGCUGCGGUGAGAAAUGGAAAUUCAGCUAUCGCUAAACAGAUUAUGGAGACACGUCCUGCGCUCGCAACAGAAGAAGACAAGUAUAACAAAAACACUCCACUGCACCUGGCUGUACUUCGGGACAAGAUUGACGUGCUAAGUGUACUGUUGGAUCAUGAUCGGUCUUUAGGGUAUGUAGCCUCCUCACUUGGUGCCCCUCUUCUUGUUUCUGCUGCAUUCAGAGGCCAUGUUGGUGUUGCCCGAAAGCUUCUUAAACAUUGUCCAGAUGCGCCCCUUGCUCAAACAAAUGGCUUGAUAUGUCUGCACGUAGCUGUGUGGGAAGGACAGAUGGAGUUCGUAGAUUUUGUCCUGGGUUUGCCACAAUUCGGUAGACUCAUUAACAUGCGAGAUAAAGAUGGAGAUACUGCUCUGCACCUCGCAGUCCAAAAGUGCAAUCCGAAGAUGGUCGCUGCUUUACUGCUUCACCCAGACAUAGACGUCACAGUGCUUAACAACAGAGGAAGCGAUGUAAUAGGGAAAUUGUGGACUACCACCGACCAUUCCAAGACAUUAAACUGGAACGAAGUAUCCAUGCUUAUGUUGAAAGCUGAUCCUCAAAACGCAACACAUAUUUAUAAUGUCUGGAGGGAAGCCCACCAUAAAGUGACAAAAUCAUCUAGGGAGGAUAUCAAGUCACUGACUCAAACAUAUACAGGCAACACUUCACUGGUGGCGAUUCUCAUUGCCACCAUUACCUUUGCUGCUGCUUUCACUUUGCCCGGAGGAUAUAGCACCGAUGCUGGAACCGAGGGGCUUCCCAUCAUGGCAAGGAAGUUUGCGUUUAAGGCAUUCCUGAUCUCCGACACCUUGGCUAUGUGCUCCUCACUUGCUGUUGCCUUUGUAUGCAUCAUAGCCAGGUGGGAGGAUCUUGAGUUCCUGCUUCACUACAGGUCUUUUACAAAGAAGCUUAUGUGGUUUGCAUACAUGGCAACCAUCACAGCAUUCGCAACUGGUUUAUACACUGUUCUGGCUCCUCGUCUCCUAUGGUUGGCCGUUGCGGUAUGCACUCUGACGUCUUUGCUGCCCAUUCUGACUAAGAUUCUUGGUGAAUGGCCCAUCUUGAAACUUAGAUUUCGGUUGGGUCGGAAUUUCAAUUCAGAGCUCCUCGAUAUGGUCUAG